CUCUCAAUAGCAAGAAGUUGCUGAGAUUCCUGGGAUAAAUCCCUUGGAACGGGGAAUGGAAAACAGCUGCCUGCUUGCUCUCUGUAGCUGAGGAUUGGGGGUGGGUUGGAAUUUUCUGUCCAAGAAAGAAGAGAAGAAAAAAAUCCCAGCCACGUUGGUUGGGAUGCCGUUUGUUCCCUCCCGGGCGGUGAAAGAACGUUAGGCGGAGAGUAAUCACACCGGGAUUUGGGGAAACUGAAUCAGAGCAGACGCCGCCACACUCAGCAGAGCACUGAAGCAAAGACACUUCAAUCCAAACUACGGUGAACGGCUAAAUCAAUGCCACCACCACUGUGAGAUCGACUCGGACUAAUCCGGGGCUGCCUCAAAAAUCGCACUUUAACUGAGACUUUUUACUUUCGCGUUUUGAAGACAACCUUUCAGAGGAAACACCAACAAUGAGUGUCCUUCCCCCAGUCAGAAGAGACCGGAUUAUCCCAGAGCUGCCCUCGUGUUUCACGAGAGAAGCUGCCCUCCACACGAAGGAUAUCUUCAACCCCAAGGUGAAACGUGCUUGCCAUGACGACAGGACUGGCACAGUUGGGUUGAAGAUUUCUAAGAUUAUCGUGGUGGGGGAUUUGUCAGUGGGAAAAACUUGUUUAAUCAACCGUUUCUGCAAGGAUGUCUUUGACAAGAAUUACAAGGCGACUAUCGGAGUGGACUUUGAGAUGGAACGGUUCGAAGUUCUGGGAGUCCCCUUCAGUUUGCAGCUAUGGGACACAGCAGGUCAGGAGAGAUUCAAGUGCAUCGCAUCGACAUACUACAGAGGUGCUCAAGCAAUAAUAAUCGUGUUUGAUGUGACUGACAUCGCAAGUCUGUCUCACGUGAAACAAUGGUUAAAAGAUGCUCUCAAAGAAAAUGACCCCACCUCUGUGCUCUUGUUCCUGGUCGGGACAAAGAAGGAUGUUAGUCCUCCAGCCCAGUAUUGCCUGAUCGAGAAAGACGCUAUCAAAGUAGCCAAGGAAAUCAAAGCUGAAUAUUGGGCCGUGUCUUCCCUAACAGGUGAAAACGUGAAUGAGUUCUUCUUCCGAGUUGCCUCGUUGACCUUUGAAGCCAAUGUGCUGGCUGAGCUGGAGAAGACUGGCCCGCGGAGGAUCGGAGACGUUGUCCGCCUCAACAAUAACGAUAAAAACCCCUAUAGGAAUGGGAAGAAAUCCAAGCCGUCCUGCUGCCAGUGAGUGCGAUGGCCAACCAGACAUCUUACCUGUUGCACUAGAAUUCCUACUUUAACCAAAGAUUUGUCUGACGCCAAUAAAGUAUUGGCUCCAGUGAUCCCCUUCGUAGUAAGUCAACUUGUUAAGGCUGAUGGAACAUGGGGGGAUUUUGCAAGGGUCCAUGCUUGUGAAUUUUCCCAAAUAAUUGCUGUAAAAAAUCACUGCCAUCUCAUAUUAAUCGCACACCUCGCUCUCUGUACCAAGGGGAAGAAAUAACGGUACGAUUUGCCAGCACCUACUUUGAUGUUGACCGGGUCAAAGUUGCCAGUCAGUCUGUCAUUAGUUUAGUUCAUUGUCAUGUGUAACGAGGUACAGUGAAAAGCUUUUUGUUGUUGCGUGCUAACCAGUCAGCGGGAAGACAGUACAUGAUCCAGGGUGGUCACGGUGGCGCUGCGAUAGAGUUGCUGCCUUGCAGCACUUGCAGCGCCAGAGACCCAGGUUCGAUUCCCGACUACGGGCGCUGUCUAUACGGAGUUUGUACGUUCUCCCCGAGACAGCCUGUGUUUUCUUUCUCCGAGAUCUUCGGUUUCACCCCACACCCCAAAGACGGACAGGCUUGUAGGUUAAUUGGCUUGGUAUUGGUGUAAAUUGUCCCUCGUGUGAGUAGGACAGUGUUAAUUUGCUGGGAUCGCUGAUCUGCCCGGACUCGAUGGGCCGAAGGGCCUGUUUCCGCGCAGUUUCUCUAAACUAAACUAAAAAUUAAACACAAUUUACAGUACACAUAUACAUGAUAAGGGAAUAAAGUAGUAAAUGCAUGAAAUGAUGCUGCAGGAGUAGAGGUUUAAGAGUGUGGAGAGAUUGGAAUAUGUGACUGUAGAUCCGCUUCUGUGGCCAGAACACAAAUAGUCGCCUGGGUCAGGCACCAUCUUGGAAGCAUUUUGUUCUGGAACCAGGAAUAAAACCAUCGUCGGAUGUCUUUUAUUGACCCACUCACACUGUUCUGAUUGUCUGUGAGAUUAUUGGGUUGGAACACGUGCAAUGGCCACAUUCGGGCUCGCACACCGAAGAUCUCGGUGAAAACCCACGCAGGUCACGGGGAGAUCGUACAAACUCCAUACAGACAGCGCCCGUAGUCGGGAUCGAACCCGGGUCUCUGGCGCUGUAAGGCAGCAAUCCUACCGCUGCGCCACCGUGUUUGACUAAUCAAUAUUAAUAAAAUUAUCAAUUUAAUUUGAAUUAGAAAGAGAAUAUGCCUUGUCUCUGUACAGCGCGCAUUUGCGAUGAUUGGAUCAACGUUGCACGUGAUUCGUACAUGCAUUGACUCGAGGGAGACAAACUUUAUUAAUUCCUGUGUUUAGCAAAUUAGUCAAUCCUUUUCCAAAUGGAAAUUAAAUGCGGGCAGAUUUAACUUUUGGUUUGGUUGCAAAUGGCUCAAGGUGAUCUUCAUUGAGUUCAACAGAAGGAAUAUUGGGCAGAUUGUAUAAAGGCCCAUUGAUUCAUAACUAGGCUGUUCCAUAAGCCCUGCAAAAGUCAAACUCCACCUAAGUAGUGGUGUUGCUUUGUUUAAGUAAACUGUAGUCUCCUUGAAGACUAGUACAGGCACUCCCCGACAUAAGUUUAGUCCAGUUUUGAGAUACAGCGCGGAAACAGGCCCUUCGGCCCACCCGAGAUAGGACAGGUUUAGAGGGAUGUGGACCAAAGGCGAGCAGGUGGGACUAGUGUACUGCCCGACUUUGACAAAAGGGAGCAACUGACAGAGAGGAGUUUUCUUGUAAAUGAGGAAAAGGUGUUUUUCUUUCAGUUCUCUUACUUCCCUGGUACAAAUAUUUUCAAAUUAUACUCAGAGAAGGACCUAUUUUGUUCACCAUAGUGUAGAGCAAAUCUCAAAUACCCUGAAACAAGCAAUAACUCAAUUUUGACAAAAUUGUCAGUUGCUUCAUUUUGUGUAGAUGGGACAUGUUGGGCCGAAGGGCCUGUGUUCAUGCUGUUAGACUCUGACUAUGACCAUCAUGCAGAAUAUAUAUAGGUGGAGGCAAAGUUAGAUCCUCAGUGUGUGUGAUUGCUAUUAUUGUGUGUCUUUGUCUGUAUUUUAUGAUAAUAUUUUUUGAUUGCUGUGGCUUUGUGCUUCCCAACCUGGUUAUUCAUUUCACUGUAGAGUCAUACAUGUUCUUGUAAUAAAGACCAUUUUGUCACUUU